AUGCCUGAUAAACUCGCAGAGACUCACACGUCGACGCCAUCGCGAGGAUCUUCGUUUUUUAUCGAGAACUUGCUUGGCUCAGAUCGCACCGAACCUCCUACCUGUCCUGCCAAACACAUCCGAGAUGGCGACAGACUCAGGGAGACGAUACACACGACAGUGUAUCACCAUGAAGUGUUUGAUGAAGAGUCCGACACACGCCCCAAGAUGGAAAUGUGUCGAAAUGGGUCACCCUCGCCCUGGUACAGAAGGGACUCCAUGAAGCUCGGGGUUCUAGAGAGAUCUGAUAGUCCGAAAGAGGAAACCCGCAGUUCAUACGAACAGAUCGACUCCGUCUCCAGCGACAGGGACUCCCCGGUCGUGUGUGAAACUCCAGGCACAGACCACGCGCGCAAAGUGUCUGAGACAAGCGUCGCGGAUGAACGCGACGAAGCGCGACGGCUCUCGGAUGAGCGCGCGCAUCUUGACACCACCGACUCCGGCUCAGUGAGGAAGAAGAAAACCCGGACCGUGUUCAGCAGAAGCCAGGUGUUCCAGCUGGAGUCCACAUUCGACGUGAAGCGGUACCUGAGCAGCUCGGAACGCGCAGGCCUCGCUGCGUCCCUGCACCUCACCGAGACGCAGGUGAAAAUCUGGUUUCAGAACCGGCGCAAUAAGUGGAAGAGACAGCUGGCUGCUGAACUGGAAGCUACCAACGUUUCGCACUCAUCUCAGCGCAUCGUGCGCGUCCCCAUUCUGUAUCAUGAGAGCGCCACGCUGGGUCUCAAUGUGCCGCAAGUGUCGCCUCCUAUAGUGGGCUUCCCGAGCUCCGUGAGCCGCUACCCCCUCGCUAAUUUCACUCACUCCAUGAGUCUCCUGAGGUCACAGCUAACAGGACUUGUUUAA